UGGGCACAUGAUAGCUGUUGCUGAAAGGUUAACAUGAUGGUUAUUUAAUCUCGACACUCUUUCUUGGUGUCUCCUCUUAUUCGGGUGAGUCCCGCACUUUGUUGACAGCAACAGUAAAACGACUACUCAUUGGGUUUUACUAACCCACCCUGACCUAAUGGCAAUGAAGGUUCGUGGUAGGAAACAGCCUGGAAAGAAGACCUUGCGCACUUCAGGGGCAUCAAAUCGAUAUACGUCCAAUCGCAGUUUCCAAGAUGAUCCGGAGUUUGACAUUGACGAUGAUGAUGAUGAAGACGAUGAACUUAUUUCGACUGAGUAGACAAAGGAGAGAUGAGAGAAAGCGUCAUGGCAUGCAUAUGUGUGUUGACAGUGGAAAUUGAGGCAAGGUUGG